AUGUCUCUGCAGUCCGUGGCGCACGCGGUCCGAGCGCUCGCCGUGCUUCCGGCGCCAGCCUCCCCUCGCCGCCGGACAAGCCAUGUGUCCCUAACCCUUCCGACCCGGCGGCCAUGGCUCGCCGUCGCGCCGGUCCGUGCGGCGGAGUCGUCCUCCCCGCCCGCCGUGCCCGCCUCCGCGGCCGGCAAGGCCGUCGUCCCGGACGACGAGUUCUCCCUCGCCAAGGUGUCCUUCGGUGUGAUUGGGCUGGGGGUUGGGCUCUCGCUUCUGUCGUACGGAUUCGGGUCGUAUUUCAACCUGCUUCCUGGUUCGGAGUGGUCAGCUUUGCUGCUCACCUACGGGUUUCCUCUCACAAUCAUCGGCAUGGCUUUGAAGUAUGCAGAACUGAAACCAGUGGCCUGCAUAACCUAUGCUGAUGCCUUUGCUCUAAGAGAAAAGUGUGCUACCCCUAUUCUGAAGCAGGUCAGGAGUGAUGUUACACGUUUUAGAUAUGGUGAUGAGCAAAACCUGGAUGAAGCACUACAGAGAAUCUUUCAAUAUGGUUUGGGUGGUGGCAUUCCUAGGCGUAAUGCGCCUAUAUUACAUAAGAUUCGAGAAGAAGUAACUGAGGAUGGGAAAUACAGUUUAGUACUUGUAUUUGAAGCCAAAGCAUUGGAGCUAUCUGAUUUUGAGAAGAGACAGGCUAAAUUCACCUCCUUUUUUGGUCCUGGGAUUAAGGCAGAAAUUGGAAAAGAUGGUGAUGGUCUAUAUGAAGUUUGUCUUAUCUCAGAGACUACUUAG